AUACUCCUACUUGUUUCUUAGUACUAACAAAUUUAAAUUAUAAUUAAAAUGGCUGAAAGAAGAAAGACCGUAAGAAAGAAGAAGGACCCAGAUGCACCAAAGAGAUCUUUGUCUGCAUACAUGUUCUUUGCUAAUGAAAACAGAGACAUUGUCAGAGCUGAAAACCCAGGUAUUUCCUUUGGUCAAGUCGGUAAGUUGUUAGGUGAAAAGUGGAAGGCUCUCACCAGUGACGACAAGGUUCCUUACGAAACUAAGGCUGAAACUGACAAGAAGAGAUACGAAAAGGAAAAGGCUGAAUAUGCCAAGAAGAACGGUGCUUAAGCUCCUCUAACUUUUUGAUAUCUUGAUGUCUUUUUGUACCAUAGAUUGUGACAAUUACAUUUUAUUUUUUUGUUUAUUGUGUUGUUAUAUUUAGCGAGCCUGUCGACUCAUUCUGGUAUUUGGUAAUGUUUUUGUUUUGUUUAUGAAUAUUUCGAUUCUAUUUUGGUGUAUUAUUUGUGGACAUUUUUGAAACAAGAAAGAAAACUAAUUUAGAAAUUAUCUGAGUUUGUUUUUAUUUUUAUUCUUUCUUGAUUUUAAUAUGUCUAUCGAUCACCAAUUUUUUAUUGAUAUAUUUUGUUUGUUAUAUCCUUGGCAGUGCCUAGGAUAAUUACCAUUACCUAUUAUCUAUGUGUUAUUAUUUUUGAAAAAUGUAUAUGAACUGUUUUGUAUUAAAAA